UUGAUGUCUGGUAAUGACCGCAAACCUCUCAUCCCAAACCUCAAACUAUCUGCAGAGACGUGUAAUCAGGGUUAACGUGUUGUUGUUCGAUGAAAGUUUAGGUUCGCCAUUGACUCAUGACGCUGUUUAUUUAUUGAGUGGCGCUCCGAAGUUUCUGUACAAUGCGCAUCGAGCGUCUUCUGAUUCUGGUGAAAUACUCUCUAGUGUCGUUGGAGUGAAAAGAACCGGAGGUCAAGUGAACACUGUUCGGUAACAUACUAUGGCCUGGGAAGGCCUACAUCAGCACAUUUAGCACUUAUCACGUCUGCAAUUAGACGCAAAUGUUGAUGACAGAGUCUGGUGCAAGGCAGGAGAAAGUGGUUCACAAUGAACUCGAUUCCAUCUCCUCAGGCUCAGGCCAUAAUGAAGAAGGGGAAGCGGUCCGCUGCGGAGUAUGUGCACAAAGAUUGCUGUAGCAAUCAUCCCCAACGUCUAAACGAGAUUUUGGACUAUCUCCUCAAUCCGAACAACAGCAUAGGUGACUGGGAGACGGUUGACUGGUGCCGUUGGCUGGUUGCGAGUGGUCAUACGCCCGACGAAUUCACCGACAUAGUUCGUCAAUAUGAUAAUGCAUCAUUGUGUGGCUUGGUAUGGACAGCAAACUUUGUUGCAUACCGGUGUCGGACAUGCAGCAUAUCUCCAUGCAUGUCUCUCUGCCUGGAGUGCUUUCAAAAAGGAAAUCACAUAAACCAUGACUUCAAUAUGUUUCGGAGCCAGGCUGGGGGAGCCUGUGACUGUGGAGACACUAAUGUUAUGAAAGAGAAGGGUUUCUGUAGUAGACAUGGCCCACAAGCUCAGGCUAAUAAACCAAAUGCUCCAACCGAUUUGCUCAAUGUUGCUGAGGUUAUGAUGCCCAGAAUCUUUCUUCGUCUCAUCCAGUACUUUAGAGACAGCAGUGUGGCUGAAGUACAUUCAACAGCAAUUCAGGAUGCAGACUUAUUUCUUUCAAUGCUGCUAGAAUUCAGUUCUCUUGGUGCUGCAAUGCGCCGAGUAAUGGCUAGUUCUCUAACUAAUCCCCAGCUCUAUAAGAAUAUGACAACUCCAAAUGGCUUACCUUGUCAAAUAGUCUAUAUGCGUAAAAGUAAGGAGGUUUAUGAAACUGCUCUAGAUACAUUACUCAACCCAGAUCCUCCUGAAGAAUUUAAAGACUGUGUAGCUUUACAGAAACGCUUAGUACAUCGCUGUUUCUUAGAAGAAUUGAUGUUUUGGAAUAUUAAGUUUGAAUUUCCCCAGAAAAUGGUGUGUUUGCUGCUCAACUUAUUGCCAGAGCCAGAUUAUAAGGAGGCACUCACCCAAGCCUUGGUGCUGCACUACAGCCGCAUUUCUCACAUGCUAGAACGUUCUUCAGAUCCUGAUUCAAUGUCCAAUCGGGUAGUCCACAUGAGUGUUCAAUUAUUUUCAAAUCAGCAGUUGGCAAUGAGCAUGACAGAAAAUUUAGAUCUUCUACAUGUAAUGACAAUCACAUUGAAGUAUAUGAUGAGUCAGCUUCUUAUUCCAAACACAUUGCAUGAGCCAGACAAAAAUUUACAUUUAGUGGUUGAUUGUGGUCUUGCUGUGAUGAAGGAACAUUGCUAUUGGCCUUUAGUGUCUGAUCUAAACAAUGUCCUUUCUCAUCGCUCUGUGGCUUUGAAAUUUAUGGGCGAUGACAGUCUUCUGGAAAUAUGGUUUGAUUUUCUUACAAUGUUUCAAGGAAUGAAUGUGAAUCAAAGGGAAAUGACUCAGCAUAUUGAGUUUGAGCCCAAUACUUACUAUGCUGCAUUUUCUGCUGAGCUGGAGGCCUGUGCUUAUCCCAUGUGGGCUCUUCUUGCUCACUUGGAUGAGUCUACUCUUCAGUACUCAAAGAGAGUGAUUGCAAGCUGCCUAACAGCACUGCAGGAUUGGCUUGAUGAAAUCAGCUUUACCCAUCCUAUUGAGGUGAUUGACACUUGGCAGCUCAAGUUUGUUUUAUUUCAACAGCAAAGUUCUGUAUGCUUAUUCGUUCCUUUUCCUUUUGAUGUGCAGAAAGACAAAUAUCAGGUUUCCUUCCAUCUUUCCCUGCACCGCUACCUAGCUGUGUUCAUGAGCAACGCUAUUAGACGUCAAGGAUUGGCUCUCCGUGAUGUUCUUCCCCCAUCUGAUGUUGUACAGCUCAUCAUGUUUCAUCCGCUUCGUGUACAGGCGGCUUUCUAUGAAAUUGUCAGUGGAUUGUGGGUUCGAAAUGGCCUGCAAAUUAAAGGACAAGCUAUGACCUAUAUUCAGUGCAAUUUCUGCAACUCGAUGGUUGAUGCUGACUUGUACCUCCUUCAAGUUUGUGCCACACAACUGCAGCCAGAGAAGUUUCUCACAACUGUUUUGGAUCAAUUUCAUAUGAAAGACUGGUUGAGUUUGGCAGCAUUCACAAAUCCCCAACAUCUAUUGGAUAGUGAGCUUGAAACACCAAUGCUUGAGAGCUGUCUGCUUUUCCUUGCCACCCUUGUCAGCAUACGCAAUUAUUUAGGUGUCAGUGAAGCAACUAUAUCAGAAUUGGAAAUGGGAACACUACUUUGCAUGGGCGACAAGACUCACAGCCAGUUGAUUGACCUCAUGCCGGAGAAGAGUUACCCUCUCCCUCAAAGUAGGGACUUUGAGACCGUCCUUACAGAAGUUGCUGAUUACCGGGCGCCAAACUUUGAAUCUAGUGGAAAUAUGCAACAGGGCAUGUACCGUCCAAAGGCAUGGAUUUGGGAUCAGCAAUACAACCCAAUUCAUGUUCUUCUGAGAGCAGUGCACCGAAGAGAUUUCCAAAAUUCAAUGGAUCGCUUCACUGAAUAUGUUCAACAAACAGGAAAGUUCAAGGGUUCAGGUUCACCAUGGCCGCCUUUCCGAAUGCCGAAAGACGUCCAUCCAGCCUAUGAUGAUCCUCGCAAGGUCUUGCAGUCUCGUGUGUUCCACUCGUUUGCAUUUAUUGUCUUGCACAAAGCAGUUCAUGGCCAUGAUGUGUCUGACCAUGUUAUUGCUCUGACCCUAUAUUUACUUGAGUUGGCCCUUUCAAUUGAAUCUCCAUUGGAGGAACCUAGUCAGAUCUGCCCAGCCUCUCGCCGUCAAGAGCCUCAUAUUGUAAAAGACGGAGAUUUAAUGAGCUGGUAUGACACUGACUGGCUGUCAAAUAAUUUAAGAACAGUAGUGAAUUCUGUCAUUCUCAACAUGGAGCAUUCAGCUUAUGACAGCUCUGAAAGUGAGGGGGAGUCGUUUUCGUUGGAUUGUCGCCCCGGUCCCGGUCCGCUGGCUCUGGAGCCAUCACAGUCACAAGCACGGGCAAUGGGGCCGAAGCGGUACCGCUCCGCCCCACUCUUUCUGACACAUCCCCCUGCUCUGAAUAUGAUCGCAGGCAGCUCUUCGAGUCAAGCAGGCGCCUUUUCCCUCCCUGCUUUACCUCAACCAGGUGUGGGUGAUGGCACAAUGGAGGUCGAGUCCCCCGCUUCCCCUGAUGAAGUCGCAGAGCUGGUGUUUUCUGGUGAAUCAGAAGCCUCUGCUAGUGAAGGUGGCUGUUUGGCUCUUGUGUCGGGUGGACGUAGCACCGAAGAUGAUGAUAGUUCUGGUGAAAUGGAAAUAACUCAUUCAAUGUCUCUUGCUGUAGUUGGCGAACUGGCUGUGAUCUCUGCAGAUGGUGCUACUUCAGAUUCAGAGGUUGCUUCAGGCAUGCAUGGCAUGGAACCAGUUCCUUCCUCUUCAAGUCGCAACAUUGUUCCUGUUGGCUCUCAAGCAAUCCAACCUGCUGCCUCGUCAUCUGGAAGUAAUAUUGUUGCUGUGGGUGUCCAAGCAGUUGAGCCGUCUUCCUCAUCCUCUGGUCGUAGUAAAUUUUUCAAGAAAAAGCACAAAAAACAGGGAUCUGAAAAUUUACACGUUCCUAUGAGCGUGAAUGAGAGCAUAAUCUCACUUCUUCUGAAGCUGCACUCCAAUUUAACAGAAACACCAGACAGUUUCAAUCCUUAUGAUGUUGAGAGGCAAGCUGCCCAAGCCUCAGGGUCAAGUGAAGAUCAAUCUAAUGAUUAUGUUGGAGAUGGCCCCUUCUUUGUUGGCAAACUCCUGAAGCACAUCAUGGCAUUGGAUCCUAUGUGCCGGGAUGCUGUUUUUGAAGUAAGAGAAAAGUUGUGGGGAAAGAAGCCUGAAGAAAAUAAAGAUGAGCAAAAAAUGCGUGAGGAUGAAGAACGAGAAGAAAGAAGAAGACGUGCCAAAGAGAGGCAAAAGAAAUUAAUGGAAGAGUUUGCUUCUCAGCAAAAGCAGUUCAUGGAGAUGGCUAUGGAAACAGAUGAGAAUGGAAUGGACUGGGAAGAAGAUGAAAAUGCUUCCAUGGUCAGUAAAAAGGAAUAUGACUGUGCUAUUUGCAAUCAAACUACAUUGAGUACUGCAGAAAAUCCCAUGGGAUUGGUUGUUCUACUACAGCCAACUAGUGUUCUUGGACACAAACGCAGCAGAAAAGAAUUCAAACUGCCUACUACAGAUGAAGAACAAUCUGUUCUGAAGAUUAGAGAUAAACUAUCAGACAAUUUUGACAGAAGAGUGCAGUUGUUGUCUCAACAGUUUGAUGAUCUGUCAUGGCAGUUGUCUCUCAACUUAGGCUGGGAAGGUGGUGUUCACUUACAAACAUGUGGCCAUCAUUUGCAUUUGGAGUGCCACAAAUCUUACCUCCAGUCCCUCAAGAACCAACAGAGACAGCAGCAAUCGCUUGAUGUUGAUCGUGGUGAAUACUCCUGCCCUAUUUGCCGGCAGUUAGCAAAUUCUGUCUUGCCACUGACUCCAGAGCUUGGUGAAUGUGCUGCCAUGGUGCGAUCACGGCCAACCAACUCCCUGUCUAUUGUGUCAGAAAUCAGUCACUUGCUGCAAGAAAAUCCAGUUCCUAUAAAGGCCUCCACUUUACCUGAUGCCAUGAGCAAAUUAAUGGAAGACAUGACAAACUGUACUCACCGCAAAUAUAAGCAAAAGAGUGCUACCACAUCUCACCAAAGCCUAUUUUUGUUUGUGGCCUCAAUUGCACGCACGAACUUGGAACUGGAAUUAGUCCAAAGGGGAGGCAACUUGUGUACUGAUUUAGAAAGCAUCAAUUCUCCUCUAAUUCCUAAGCGAUCAUGCAUUGUACCGCUUCUUCAUGUUUUGGCUAUGCAUGCCCGUUGUCUUGCUGUGUGGCCUGUUGGUAGAAUGUGGCAACAGCUGGCUGGAGUUGAGGCUGAGACAGAGACUACGGCCAUUGCUCCCAUAGAAAAGGAAGUUCCAUUGUUACUACGAGAUCCAACUGCUAUUCUAUUGCAAUUAGUUCUUCUCUUACCACUGCAUAUUGAUGAGACAUUCUUCCUUUGUGUUGUAAAAGUUCUUUACAACUUGCUGUACUUCCAAGUGCUGGCUCAGUUAUCCUGUCGUUUGUCAGAUAGAGAGCGUCGAGUAUGGCGCGCUGCAUUUGAAAACAGGCAGCCUUCUCUCCAUGAAGUGACAACGUUAGAAGCCGCCAUGGCACUAACUAUUCGUUUGUUGGAGCCUAGUCAAAUAUAUUUGGACACAUCUGACAUGGAAACUGGAAGUUCCCAAUCCCAGGCCAGCAAUGCACCAAGCCAACCAGCUGAGUCCCAGAAAAGUGCCUCCUCUAGCUUGGGAGUGAAUGCCUCUAAUGUAUCUUCUGCACCUAGCACAAGCAGCUUAGACUCACCAGAUAUUCCUCCUAUGAUCUUUUUGCAUCGUCGAAGUGUUGUCAGAGUUGAUGAUCCUGAUUCUCCCCUUGAACCCCUGUCAGAACAGGAGCAAAAUAUUUUGCUAAACAAGAAAGCCUUAGAAAAUGAAGUACAGCAACUAUGUCUUUCUUUCUUACGAAUAGCUGCAUUGCUAAGGCACCAUUUAUAUGAACAGCCUCUUCCAGAGAUACAAGAUGAAAAUUCUGAAUUUGUGCGACUUGUUUAUUAUUUAGAUCUGGUUUCUGAAGGAAUGAAUUUGGCCAAGUUUAAUUCUGCUGUGGUUUUAAGUUGGCCUGCUGCUGACCCUAGCAACCAUGGAUACUUGCCUCCCAAGGAUUGGGCAGAAGAACUUAAUGCUUUUGCUCAGAAUGCCCAAAUGACUGCCCGUGCUUUUCUUUUAGAUCAUCAUAAAUUGUGGAGCCAACCCAAAUUGCUUAGUUUACCACAACUUUAUGAUGGGAUUUUUCAGUAUUAUCUCCGUCGCCAUUGUGCUCAGUGCGACUCGGUGCCUCGAGAAACAACACUCUGUCUUUUGUGUGGCACUUUAGUAUGUUUUAAAGAGAAUUGUUGUCAACAAUCUGAUGUUUGUGAGGCAGUGCAGCAUGCCGAAAUAUGUGGUGCUGGAACAGCAGUGUUCUUAGUUGUGACCUCAUCAUGCAUAAUUGUGAUUCGUGGAAAACGGGCUUGUCUGUGGGGCUCAGUUUAUCUAGAUAGCUUUGGAGAAGAAGAUAGAGAGCUAAAGAGAGGGAGACCACUGUUUCUAAGUCCUGAACGUUAUCAACUACUUCAACAACAAUGGGUUUCUCAUCGCUUUGAUCACACAAACAAGAAGUGGGUGUGGCACAGAGAUUCUCUGUAAUUGUAGUGUCAUGACCUUUAUUCAGCUAGUCAGUCAUCACAUAACAAACUCUGUUGUUUAUUAUUUGUGCUUAUAAAGAAUUAUUCAAAAUGUGUCUAUGGACCAUUUUCCUUUGCUGUGUGUUGUAUAAAUACAAAGUUUUAUAUGUUAUAUUUAUUAAAUGUCUAAUAUCUAACUUUGUUAGUUUUGUGCUCAAUUCUCAUUUGAAAGCUGAGGUCAGUUUUCAUGUAUAUAUAUGUGUGUGUAUAUUUACAGAGUAUUUAAUAUAUACAUGUGUAUAUAUACAUGUAUAUGUACACUUAUACUUACUUUGUUCCUUACACUAUGUAAAUAAUCAAGUGGAAACUUGCUUACAUACAAAAUUUGUGAAAACUUGUUGUUUAGCAGAGGCAGCUGUUUUCUUUUAAAUACGUUUUUGUUGGGCACUGCAGAUGGUCAGGUAGGACAGGUCUAUAGUGAUUUUGUGUCCCUUUUACUCAAAGCAUUGUAGUUGUCUUCUACUUGGCUUGGAAGAUUUCUUUCUUCUUUUUUCUUUCAUUGUUGAGUGCAAUCGACAUUGAGUUGGCUGCUGUUGUUUGCAGCCUCUCUGUUUGGAGUUGUUGCUGCUGGGUGUUGUAAAUUGUGAUCAUUUUGAGAAUUAUUCCCUUUCAUUGUUUGAUGAAAUGAAACACCUUGUUGAAUUUUUUGUACUCAAAUUGAUAUUUUCACUUCUCAAUGAAGAAUUGUUAUUCAUUCCUCACUGUGAUAUAUGUCCCCAUCAAUGUAACCAUUGCUCUUGACUUAAGGUACGGUUUCAAUGUUAUAAUAUUAAUAUCAACCGGGAAUUCAAUGAGUACCAGCCAAUGAAUUGUGAUAAAUUAUGUCAAAUAAUUGUUAAAACUUUUGGCACUCUUAAAUCAGGUUAAUUUUUCUUCAUUCUAUAAUAUAAGUAGGAGAAAAAAGCAUCAAUGAAUUUUUUAACCUGUAAUUGUCUACUUACUAGAGCUGCUUUGCCCAAUUUAUGAGGCUGAGUCCAGUCAUAGAGACAAGUGGGAAAAGUCUCAAAUGUUUUUAUUUAUUUAUCUCUGUCCUCAUGGUUUUACUUAAAUAAAAGUACUAAACUUUAGGC